GCUUAAUUAAGGCAACGUAAUGAGGCAUCUUUUUAAGUCUCCCUGUACUCAAAACAGGAUCAUCAGACACUUGUUGAAGAAAAUGAGUUCUUUUGCUGAGUCCACUGUACAGUAUGCGUUCCCAUCUCCAGGAGAACGCGUAGCCUUUCGACAAUCUCCCGGAAAAUCUCCAGGGGUUAUCUUUUUGCCCGGGCUGAUGUCCAGCAUGGAGGGUACAAAAGCUCUGGCUCUAGAGAGAUACUGCAAAAAAAUUGGACACUCAUAUGUAAGAUUUGACUACAGAGGGUAUGGCAUGUCUAGUGGAGAAAGUCAAGAAUGCACAAUUGGAAUGAGGAAGGAAGAUGUGUUAACAAUUCUUGAUGGCGUUGCUAAAGGUGGCACUCCGCUCAGAUCUUUUAUUACGCCCUUAGAAUGCACUUGAAACAGGCUUAAUUCCCCCCGUCUAUUGAAGCGUCGAGAUUUUAUGUAUUUUAUAAUGUGCAAAAUGAAAUUUUUGGGAUCUUCUGGUGGCAAAACCGGAGCAAAAAUUUGAUUCCCCCCGCGUUCUGAAAAUAUAAAUAUAAAUUUUGCUUCUGGUCUGUUCAAGACAGGGUUGUGACAUCCUUUCAAGAAUUGAAAGUUUAUGUUCUUCUUAUUGCGAUAGUUUAUUUCCAUUUGGUCCAACUAUACAAUUAUAUUUGUAUAUAUCAACAUAUAACAAAUUUUAUGCACAGAUAAGAGAUGAUGCAUCAUGUGAAAUGAUUCAAACCUAAUAAUAAUGCAUUGUAAUGCAUUAUGUGAGGUAAUGCAAACUCUCAUGAGAGUUUCAUUUCCCUGAACCUUGGACAGAUUUUAAGGGGGACCAUGUACAUUUACUUUGUAGGUCCACAGAUCCUUGUAGGGUCAAGCCUUGGAGGAUGGAUUUCUCUUUUAGUUGCGAUGUCAAAACCAGAUCAAAUAAGGGGUCUCAUUGGCAUAGCUAGUGCUGUUGACUUUGUAUCACAACGCUAUGAUACUCUUUCCCAUGAAGAAAAAAGGGAAGUGGAAGCUACAGGAAAAUGGAUAUUACCUUCUCAACACACUGAGGAGCCAUAUGUGUUAGAUUCAAUAGUGAUAGAAGAGGCACGUCAGCAUAUUUUACAAGAAAAAGAACUCUAUCCCAUCUGCUGUCCUGUACGUUUACUCCAUGGCAUGAAAGAUGGUGAUGUGCCCUACCAGGUAUCACUUGAUCUGGUCAAUCAACUUGAAAGUGAUGAUGUCCAAUUAACACUUAUCAAGGAUGGUGGUCAUAGGCUUUCUGAUGCACACAAUCUGCAGUUGCUGACAAAAACUUUGGGACAUUUGAUUGAUCAAGUAAAACAAUCUGAUUAA